CACUCGAAGAGUGGGCGGCUGCGCCGACGCACUGCGGCACCUACAUUGGCGCGGAAGGGCACGGGGCGGCGUACGAGGUCGCGCGCGCAGCCGCGGGCGGGUGUGCGCUCGCGCUCGUCGCUGUGGGCGGGAUGGUGAUCCUCGUCCUCGGCGUGUGUGUGGGCUUGCUCGGGGUGUGUGGGCUCGUAGUGCUGCGGCUGUUGCGGCGAUGAAGGGAUGGGAGAGAAUGAGGGCGAUCUACAAGUACAAGUAGGCAUGCUGCCGUCGCGCAUCGAGACCCAUAUUCCAGCAGGAGGCUGGAAUUCGCACGCACGCGUACCUGUAUCCCCGCGAGAUCGCGAGAUGAGGGCGACGACAGGUGCGACAGGCGACGACGCGACGACGCGACGACGCGACGACGAGCGCGACGAGCGCGGUGAGAAUGCCGGAUCCGUGGAUUGGCGAUGCUCCAGGCGUGUGGAUCACCUGCAUGCCCCUGCACCUGUCACACUACAUUACUUUGCUGUCACAUCGUCACGCUGCCAAGUGUGUCCAGCUCAAGUUUUGAGUCUGGAAGCUGGAAGCGUGCCCGCAGCCAAACCCCCGACGCGUAUGGUUUUCUUUCGCAAGCAAGGUUUGCCGUUCCGAGGCCCGAGGCCAUCAGGUCCCGGGUCGGGUGCAGGGGCUGGGGCUGCCCUGGAUUUUCACUUGGCGCGAUUUUCUAGCGCAAGUGCGGCAAGUGUGGCGACGAUGUGAUGAGGGCAUCUUGUGCUAUUGACGCGUAUUGACGGUGCUUGG